CUGGAGGCACCCUGAUUGGGAAAUACUGCCCCACAGAGUAAUAGUGUUUACACUGCCUUACCAGCCUGGGGGCAGCUAGUGGGUGCUGGGAUCCUAGGAAGAGAUGAGGAAACUCUUCAUUUGAACAAUUCCGAUGCAGAGUGGCAGAUGGAUGUCCGAGGUCAGAGGGCAGAGCUACUGAAGGUCGGGGGUGGAGCCACUUUUACUCCUGAGGGUUGGGGAUUACUCCUGAGGACUUGGAGUAUGACAUGGCCAUCACAGUGCAGCAUGCAAUGCAGUCCCACUGGCUCUGACAAAUACUGUUACUAUGGGAGCAGGAGGACCUUGUGUGUGGAACUGGGGGGAAUGGUGGCUGCCCAGAAUUGCUAAUUUAAGAAUAUGCGGCAGCCCCCCACUGGCCAAACAUUAGGUGCAGGUGGCAAGAUGGCCACUGCCAGCCCACAGGCCAGCAACCUUCCGGGAAUUUCACCAAUAUCCAGCUGAUGGUACUUCUUUACUUGGCUGCGCCAAUGACAAUUUCUGCCUAUACCUUUUGGAUUUGUCAAAGAGCUCAUGUCAGAAUGCAACAACCAUAGCUACAAGCACGUCUGCUACAACUACAAGUACAACCUUAACUACAAUGAGGUCUACUGCAUCUACAAGUACAACAACCACAGCUACAAGCACUUCUUCUACAACUACAACAAGCUCAACUACAAGCACUUCUUCUACAACUACAACAAGCUCAACUACAAGCACUUCUCCUCCUACUACUACAACAAGCUCAACUACAAGCACUUCUCCUACAACUACAAGCUCAACUACAAGCACUUCUCCUACAACUACAACAAGCUCAACUACAAGCACUUCUCCUACAACUACAACAAGCUCAACUACAAGCACUUCUCCUCCUACUACUACAACAAGCUCAACUACAAGCACUUCUCCUCCUACUACUACAACAAGCUCAACUACAAGCACUUCUACAACUACAACAAGCUCAACUACAAGCACUUCUCCUUCAACAACCUCAACUACGAGCACUUUUCCUACAACUACAACAAGCUCAACUACAAGCACUUCUUCUACAACGGGCUCAACUACAAACACUGAAACUACAACUGAAGCUGAAACUGCAAGUACAACCACAACAACAAUCAGUUCUACCAGUCCGAAUAAGUGGCCAUCUACUCUGUAUUCUAAUGGCCUCUUCUUACUAUUUGGGCUAUUUUCUGUGUAUGUAUCUGAUAGAAUUGUUAACUUAUAUAUGUAAGAUAAAAGAAAAGAAAAAAUGUAUUCCAAUAACAAUUAAUCCUUCAGCAUCCCACAUGGGUGAGCAGUAUAAAUCUUUAGUAAUAGAACAUAAUUAAACAUUUCUUAUCAAUCUAUAGUGAGAAAUAGGUGAAGUGUUACUUAUUAUCUAUAGUAAAAUUAAAUAGGUUCUCCGGUGGAAAGCAAAUGUCUUCAAAUCAACUGGUGUCAGAAAGUUAAACAGAUUUGUAAAUGACUUCUAUUUAAUAAUCUUAAUCCUUCCAAUACUUAUCAGCUGCUGUAUGCACAAGAUAAAGUUGUAUAGUUCUUUUUAG